GUGUGCUUGACCCUACGUUCUUUUUAUAUCUAUAUAAAAUCAAAAGCAUCAUUCUUAUCAUGUGAUAGAUCCUACAAACCAGAAAGUUUUCAAUCAGAAUGACGCUGCUCUUCCGCCCUCUCCGUCAAGACCGACCGAUAUGAUGAUGCUAGAUGAUACAGAGCACACUAUCUACAUCCAUGAUUUGGACCGUGAAUUGGCAGAGAUCGAGUCGUCUGAAGACCCCUCUAUCUUUCUUCCAGGUAUCGGGGAAAAGUUAGCAGUAUUCCCCAAGUCACUCGUUGCCCAGAGCAAACCAAAGUGCCAGGCACUGGUGCUUUAUCAACAACCUACAUCACCGUCAAUGCCAAGGGACAAGGACAAUGCUGGGAAGGCCUUGGCUGAAACUCGAGAGCGAGCACGCAGUCUAUAUAACGCUUCAUCUCUGGAUGAGCCACAACAAGCUCACCUGAGCCAUAGACAUUGUGAGCAGGAGGGUAUGGAUGUGGAUGAUGAUCCUUAGCAAUGUAUAAAUAUUGUGAGGUGUCGAAGAUAUAGUUAUUAAUGUAUAAUGCCC